AUGCCCUCGAGCAAUAUUCAAACAUAUCCAUUCUGGUACGGAGGUAAGUUUAUCUAUUUGUUACAUUCCUUCUUUGUAUCCAGUGCUAACCUAUAUAUCAAUUUAAGUACAGGCCUAGCUUCUGCUGUGGCCUGCUUUGCUACGCAUCCAUUGGAUCUUGCCAAGGUCAGACUACAGGCAAGCUCUAAAGUUGGGGAUAAUUUGAUUAGUGUGAUAAUUAGAAUUAUUACUCAUGAAGGCUUUUUUUCUGUAUAUUCUGGCUUAUCCGCUGCAUUACUACGACAAGGAACAUAUUCUCUGACCAGAUUUGGAAUAUAUGAAAAAGGGAAGGAGUUAUCGACACAGAGUCUUUCAAGAGAGCUCUCCGGUCUAGAGCUCUUAUCCUGUUCGAUAAUUGCAGGUACAAUUGGGAGCAUUGUCGGAAAUCCCUCGGAUAUUGUGAAUGUGAGAAUGCAAAAUGAUGGUUCUCUCUGUUCAAAAAAAAGAAGAAAUUAUCGUAAUUGUUUUGAUGGUCUUUAUAAAAUCUGUAAAUAUGAGGGACCUAUGUCAUUAUUCCGGGGUUUGCGCCCUAAUAUCGUGCGAGGUAUUUUAAUGACAUCUUCACAAGUUGUUUCCUAUGAUCUGACGAAGUGUUUACUAGUUGAUAUAUUUGCACUUAAUUCAGACUCGAAGAUUCCACAUUUUUCCGCCUCUUUAGCUGCAUCCUUGAUGGCAACUACAGUUUGUUCACCUGCCGAUGUCAUUAAAACAAGAAUCAUGAAUUCAUCUGCUUUGGCCGGCAACACAUUUGCAAUUAUGUUUCAUUCCAUUAAAAAUGAAGGAGUUAAGUUUAUGUUCAGAGGUUGGGUCCCCUCAUUUGUUAGGUUGGGUCCUCAGACAAUUCUCACCCUCCUUGGAAUGGAACAAUUAAAGAAGUAG